AUGCCUGCCCCGUGUCCGACUCGUGGCGCGUCUGAAGCUCCGGAGCGAGCCACCUCGCCCUCACAUCCGACGAGUUUCAUUGCAGUGGAGGCCUCCAAACUGAGAUGCGUGUCUCGCCUCCUGUCCGACACCAUACCCUUUGCCCCCUCGCAUAUGAUGCCGCAUGGAGCUGAACCCAUGGAGUCGACAAUUGGGUACCACUCCUCACAGUCAAAAGUCUGGCAGAACAACUAUAUCCGCUCUUCAUCCUCGAAAGGUCAGUUCUGGGGUUUCAAAACUAUAGGGCUCAAGUUAGAGGCUGAAGAUCAGAAAUCGAAGGUUGAAGUAUACUACCACAUUGUUAAGCUAUUGACCAACACAACUGUCAGUAUAGAAGUCAACAACGACUUUUCUAGCAAUGAAAACACGAUUACAAUUGGUAGCCAACAUGCUUUGGGCCCAUUGACCACAGUCAAAGCUCGGUUGUUAUUUGGCUUCAACUAUGCAAGUUGUUUUCUCAUGUUUUGUUUACGGUACUACACGAACCGAAAUUUGAAAAUGGCUUUGAUUAUGCCCCUAAUGAUCCAAUUUGCUGAUCCAACUGUAGACUUGAAUAUGCAGUUAUUUAUUGUGCUUACUGGUCCUAACAUGGGUGGAAAGUCAACUCUUAUGCGUCAACUUUGUUUAGCACUGAUUUUGGCACAGGUGGGGGCAGAUGUGCCUGCGCAAAGCUUUAAGAUGCUUCUGGUUGAUCGCAUCUUUUUGAGGAUAGGUGCAAAAUACCAUAUUAUGACAGGCCACAGUACAUUUCUAACGGAGCUGCUGGAAACCGCAUCUAUGCUGUCAUCAGCAACAUGUAGAUCAGUUAUGGCAUUAGAUGAACUUAUACAAGGGACAUCAACAUCAAAUGGACAAGCCAUAGCUGCAUCAGUUCUUGAACACCUUGUCAACAAGAUCCAAUUUCGGGGGUUUCCUGAUGCUGUGCUUAAAAAGGCUGCAAUCAAGUCACAAGAGUUUGAGACAAUGUAUGGUAAAAGGAAAAGGACAAAGCAAUCUAAUUUCAAAAUUUGCCGUUUUUAUUUGGCUUCAACGUGGCUCAUUGGCUAUCACAAGUCCCUUACCAGGCCUCCUAAUCAGAUUGCUCUUGUUGGUGAAGUUCUUCCACUUGGUGAUAAAAGUUCAAAGAAUAGUACAAUCAUACAUGAAGAUAUCGAUAGAAUCAUUGCUAAGGGAGAAGAGGCAACUGCAGAACUUGAUGCCAUGAUGAAAAAAUUCACAGAAGAUGCAAUCAAGUUCAAAAUGGACGACAGUAUGUACAUUUAA